AUUGACUUGCUAUAUAAGAUCGCUGUCUACCAUCAACAACCUCAGACCCAGUCCGAUCGGCAAACCGUUCAGAUAUCUCCAGACAAGUGAAGAAGAGCCUGAAUAUUUUUCUGAGAAGAACACUCCACCAGGUCUUCCACAAUUUCCCUGAGACGUGCGAAAUCGUUAUUUAUCGAUAAUCGCAUUCACCUCGUGAAGUUUAAAAUUUUUUUUUGUCAUUUCAUCGUUGCGUCAAGAUGUUGCCAGCAAUUUUCCUGAGCACCACGACUUAUUUCCUGAUAACAGCGUCUCUUGUGGCCCUGCUGAUGCUGCUGAUCGACCAGGCCAGGGCGAGACGGAAGAGGACAGUCUCUGAGAUCAUCGAGGAGGGCAUCCUCAGGGACAUCAAGAGGGACGGGGUGCCUGAGGCCCCUGGGCCCAAACCCUGGCCAAUCAUUGGAUCACUCGAUGUUCUGGGACGGUACGAUGUGCCCUACAAGGCAUUCGCUGAACUUGCUAAAGAGUACAACAGCCAGAUCAUCAAACUCAGGUUGGGAUCACUCAAUUGCAUGGUGGUCAAUGGGCUGGAGAACAUCCGGGAAAUUCUCUACACGAAGGGAACGCACUUCGACUCCAGGCCCAAUUUCACGAGAUACAAUCAACUAUUCGGAGGAGAUAAAGAUAAUUCGUUGGCGUUCAGCAACUGGUCUGACUUACAGAAGACCCGACGCGAGAUGCUCCGUGUCCACACAUUUCCUCGGGCCUUCACCGCCAAGUACAAUCAGCUCAACAGCCUCAUCGCUAAUGAGAUCAAGUGCCUGCUGAAUCAUAUUGACUCCGAGACCACCAGUGUCAAGGUCGCGGUGAAGCCCGCGGUGCUGAAGACAUGCGCCAACAUAUUCACCAAUUACUUCACCUCGAGAAGAUUUUCUGUCGACGAUGAGGAGUUCGAGGGGAUGGUCGACGCCUUGGACAAAGUCUUCUGGGAGGUGAAUCAGGGUUACGCAGCUGAUUUUAUGCCCUUCCUGAUGCCCCUGCACACGGGGAAUUUGCGCCGAGCGGCUUCUUGGGCGGAUACUGUCCGGAAAUUCGUGGUGAAGAGGUUGAUCGCGGACAGGAGGUCCUCCUGGACCUCGGUUAUUCCUGAGAAUGACUACGUCGACUGUCUGAUUAAUCACGUGCAGACCAAUGCCGAGCCGAAGAUGUCCUGGAACACAGCCCUAUUCGCGCUGGAGGACAUCAUCGGGGGACAUGCAGCCAUCGGUAAUUUCGUGGUUAAGAUCAUGGGGUACCUGGCGCCCAGGAGACACGUCCAGGAGAGAGCGCAGAAGGAAAUCGAUGGGGUGGAGGGCGUCGGGGAUGUUGUGGGUUUGGAGUACAGGAGAUCGAUGCCGUAUACAGAGGCCAUUCUCCUGGAGUCCAUCAGACUCAUCGCCAGUCCUAUUGUACCCCACGUCGCUAAUCGCGACAGCACAAUUGCUGGUUACAAAGUGGAGAAAGAUACUUUCAUAUUUCUGAAUAAUUAUGAGCUCAACAUGUCCGAAGACUUGUGGUCGUCGCCCCAGGAGUUCAUUCCCGAGAGAUUCCUGAAAAAGGGGAGGAUAUGGAAGCCCGAGUACUUUUUACCAUUUGGUGGAGGCAGGCGGUCCUGCAUGGGCUACAAAAUGGUUCAGUACGUGAGCUUUUCACUGGUUGCAACAAUUCUCAAACACUACACACUUCUACCUGUGGAAGGUGAGAGUUACAAGGUGCCUGUUGGUAGUCUAGCUUUGCCACUGAAAACGUUCAACUUCAGGUUCGAGAAGAGAUGAUCAGUUGUAGUUUAAUUCUCCCUAAAUUGUUAUCUUGCAUCCAAAGAACUGCAAAUCGCAAUUAAUUAAUUGUUAACGAAAUUAUUAGAUCGUAAGGUAGGAUAGGGUAUUUUAGUCGCUCUGAUUAUUCUUCCUGAUUGUUUCACUCGGAUCAGUCGAUCAUGAGGAAUGGACUGAUCAUAGUAUUAAGUAUUUAAGGUGAAUAUAUACAAAUUUUUGCGCGUGAUAAGUCACAUCAUCAACUCAUCGACUCCAUAUUUUCUUCUAAUUUAUUGUUGCUGUGAGAAAAUGUUGAGCAGACGAGGAAUAAUUGCGAAAUCAUCUCAUUACUCCCAAGCGGAUCCAAAUCAUCGACUCAUACUUUUGUUAUACAUCUGUUAUUUAAUUGAAAAAAAAAACGCAAAUUGUCAUUUUGUGGUA